AAAAUGGCUUCAUCAUCUGAAUACGAUUAUAUUUGUCCAGUGUGUCAGGAUAUCUUCAAUACUCCUGUUCUUCUGUCGUGUAGUCACAGUUUCUGUAAAGAGUGUCUUCAGCAGUUUUGGAGAAUCAAGAAUACUCAGGAGUGUCCCGUCUGUAAAAGACUCUCAAGUCAGGAUCCUCCAGUUAAUCUGGCUUUAAAAAACUUGUGUGAGGCGUAUCUGAAGGAGAGAAAUGAGAGAGGUUCAUCAGGAUCUGAGGAGAUCUGCGGUUUACACAGUGAGAAGCUCAAACUCUUCUGUCUGGAGGACAAACAGCCUGUGUGUUUAGUGUGUUUUACUUCAGAGAAACACCUCGGUCACACAUUCAGACCCAUCAGUGAAGUGGUUCCAGCAAAGAAGGAGGAGCUCAGUACAGCACUGGAGUCUUUACAAAAGAAACGCAAACAGAAUGAAAACAUGAAAGAAAAGUUUGAGAAAACAGUUCAACACAUCAAGGCUCAAGCUGAGCACACAGAGCGUCAGAUUAAACAGCAGUUUGAGAAGCUUCAUCAGUUUCUCCGAGAUGAAGAAAAAGCUACAAUCACUGCACUGAGACAGGAAGAGGAGCAGAAGAAGCAGGUGAUGAAGAAGAAGCUGGAGGAGAUGAACAGACACAUCUCAGCUCUUUCACACACAAUCAGAGACACGGAGGAGAUGCUGAAAGCCAAUGACGUCUGCUUUCUGAAGGAGUUUCCAGUCUCAAUGAAAAGAGUCCAGAUCUCUCAGCCGGAUCCACAGAUGCCUUCUGGAGCUUUGAUUCAUGUGCCACGCUACUUGGGAAACCUUCCGUUCAGAGUCUGGAAGAAGAUGCAGGACAUUGCCCAGUACACUCCUGUCAUUCUGGAUCCAAACACUGCAAAUGAAUAUCUCGACCUGUCUGAUGAUCUGACCAGUGUGACAAGCAGAAGAAACAAGCAACUAGUUCCUGAUAAUCCAGAGAGAUUUGAUUAUUAUGACUGUGUUCUGGGUUCAGAGGGUUUUACCUCAGGAAAACACUGCUGGGACGUGGAGGUUAAAGAGAGUGGAUACUGGAGACUUGGAGUAACAACAGCAUCAAACCAGAGGAAAGGACGGGUUUUGUUUAAGACUGACAUCUGGAGUGUUUCAUACGGAUGGUCUAAAGUAUCUAGUUUUUAUGUUAAACAGGCUCUUGAUCGAGUGCGAGUUGAUCUAGAUUAUGACAGAGGAACAGUGUCUUUCUCUGAUCCUGUAAAUAAUGAACAUCUACACACUUACACAACCACCUUCACUGAUACUGUCUACCCUUUCUUCUGUAAUUAUACUGUUUCCUCUAUAAAGAUUUUACCAUCCAGUAGUCUGUAACAUUACAGCUGUAGUUCAGGAUCUUCCUGCUUUCAUCAUGUCUCUAAUUGUGUUUGAGUGUUAUUAUGAGUGUGUUGAUGUGACACCCA